GGGGCGCGGCCAAGGCUGGGACGCAGCGCACGGAGGGACACGGCCGGGUGCCCAUGGCGUUCGCGCUGCUGCGCCCCGUCGGCGCGCACGUGCUGUACCCAGACGUGCGGCUGCUGAGCGAGGACGAGGAGAACCGCAGCGAGAGCGACGCCUCUGACCAGUCUUUCGGCUGCUGCGAGGGCCUGGAGGCGGCGCGACGCGGCCCGGGCCCCGGGGGCGGGCGGCGGACGGGUGGCGGCGCGGGCCCGGUGGUUGUGGUGAGACAGCGACAGGCAGCCAACGCGCGGGAGCGGGACCGCACGCAGAGCGUGAACACGGCCUUCACGGCGCUACGCACGCUCAUCCCUACUGAGCCGGUGGACCGCAAGUUGUCCAAGAUAGAGACCUUGCGCCUGGCAUCCAGCUACAUCGCUCACCUGGCCAACGUGCUGCUGCUGGGCGACGCGGCCGACGACGGGCAGCCGUGCUUCCGAGCGGCCGGCAGUGGCAAGAACGCGGUCCCCGCCACCCCCGACGGCGGCCGCCAGCCACGCUCCAUCUGCACAUUCUGCCUCAGCAACCAGCGCAAGGGGGGUGGCCGUCGUGACCUGGGAGGCAGCUGCUUAAAGGCGAGAGGGGUGGCCCCUCUUCGGGUACCGCGGAGAUGAGCCGAGACCGCUGUGGCAAGUGCUCCAAGCAGGACCCUGGAGGAGGAGGCCAGAGGCCGGCCACUGGUUGAACAGGGGAGAAGACCCCAGGAGCUGAUCCUACCCCUCCUUGGCGUAGGGGCCGGAGGACAGUGGCUUGGGCCCAUGACCCUCUGGACAGGCCCCCUGGGACAUCUCUGCCCCACCCCGGAGAGCUGUGAAGACCCGUCCAGCUGGCCCCGGCCCCAGCUGGUCAGAGACAAGGCAGAACUUCUGCAAAAACAAAGGCUGUUGGAGACCAAGGGUGUAUGCACGCCUGUGUGUGUGUGUGUGUGUGUGUGUGUGUUUGAGAGAGACAAAGAGAGACUUGGUGGAUUUAAAAUAAAAGGUAUUUUUAAAUAAAAGAUGU